AGAUUCCCUCCUUUUCAUGAUCAUGCUCACAGCCAACAUGUCCCCUGCUAGCAAUGCAUGGACAGUGUCUGCUGGGGUCACACAUAAGAGAAGAAUGAUAACCAUGUGGAUACGUCUUGCAGCGUUUGUGCUCCUCGUCCAAGCAUCCCAGUGUUUGCCUACAGAUGAUUCACAAUUUUUACUCAAGAACAAGGCCACUGAUUUAUGUUUGGUGAAAAAAACCCGGUGCUAUGACCUCCGCUGGACAACUGGUGACCGACUUUUUGCACCUGUGGGCAAAAAGUGCCUUGGAGCCCAGGGGAAAACUGUGGGGAGCGAAGUAAACCUCUAUGACUGUGAUGAAAACAGUGAGCUGCAAAGGUGGGAAUGCAAGAAUAAUACGCUGCUGGCCCUCAAAGGUCAAGAGCUUUACAUAAACAUCAAAGCAGAAGACUCGGUGGUUCUCUCCAAAGAAACUGGGCCCAACAGCCAAAUCACAAUUGCAGGGACAUCCAGCGGUGCUUGCACAAGAACUUACAGAGUACUUUAUACCAUUGAGGGAAAUUCGUUUGGAAAGCCCUGUAUGUUUCCCUUCCUAUACAAAGACCGCUGGUUCAGUGAGUGCACCACGUUCGACUCCUCUGUGAGACGCAGCUGGUGUGCAGUUGAGACAAAAUUUGAUCAUGAACUCUGGGGCUACUGCCCAAGUACUUCCACAGAACACUGGAAGAAAAAUCCUAUAUCAGAAGCAUUUUACCAGAUCAACACACAGUCAGCUCUGACUUGGCCUGAGGCUGAGGCCAGCUGCAAACAGCAAGGUGCCUCCCUGCUCAGCGUCUCCGAUCCCCAUGAACAGGCUUAUGUCUCAGCACUAGUGGGUACAGAGCACUAUAAACUGUGGAUCGGGCUGGUCCUGGACCAGGAACAUGGUUGGCAGUGGACCAAUGGGAAGCCCUUCCGUUAUCUGAGAUGGGACGCUGGAAAUCCACUUCCUAAUCCAGGACACAACUGUGCAAUUGUUGAUUCUGGUACACAAUUUUACUGGCAAAGUUCAUUCUGCUCCAGGAAGCUGGGGUACAUCUGCUUCAAAGGAGGGACGUUGCCACCUCCUGUUCAAGUUGAGGCAGGUUUUUGUCCAAGCCACUGGAUCCCCUACAAUGGCCACUGCUUCUAUCUUAACCGUGACAAGAAAACAUGGUCCCAAGCUCUGACUGAGUGCCGUAAAGAAGGAGGAGAACUGGCACGUGCCGACAAUGUGGAGGACAAAAGCUUUCUCGUCUCUCAAAUUGGAUAUGCACCGGCUACUGAUGAGCUGUGGAUUGGACUGAAUGACAAGAAGACAGAGGGGCUGUUUGACUGGAGUGACCACUCCACUGUCACCUUCACCAGCUGGGAGUUUGGGGAGCCGACUGUCUCUGCUGACCAAGAGGACUGUGUUCUCAUGAGGGGAGAGAAUGGGAACUGGGCCGAUCGUUCAUGCGAAGAGAAACACGGCUUCAUCUGCAUGAAGACGAGUGACCCCACACCGUCCACACCAGAAGAAGUGCCACAAGAUUUAGGCUGCAAAGCAGGCUGGAAAAGGCAUGGCUCCUACUGCUACUUUGUAGGGCCAGAGGCUAAAACAUUUGACGAAGCCAAAGAUACCUGCAAGAGCUCAGACUCCUACUUGGUUGAUGUCUCAACUGCGGUGGACAAUGCAUACCUUAUCAGCUUGGUGGGUCUGAGACCAGAGAAAUACUUCUGGCUCGGACUCUCAAACCAGAAAAACAUUGAUGAGUUUGUGUGGGCAAACACAAAACCAGUGGCAUUUACUCACUGGAAUUCUGAAAUGCCAGGCCAUCAACAGGGCUGUGUUGCCAUGACAACUGGGGUUUUUGCUGGACUCUGGGAUGUGUUGCCCUGCACCAAUAAAGAGAAAUACAUCUGCAAGUACCUGGCAGAGGGGGCAGUUGUAACCCCUGUCCCGCCAACACUUACCCCUCCGAGGUGUCCAGAUGGCUGGAGUCCUGUGGGUUCAAGGAGCUUCUGUGCUAAGUUCUUUACAGGGCCACGUUCAGCGGAGAAAACCUGGUAUGAGGCCAGGGACUACUGCAGGGCCAUUGGGGGAGAUCUGCUCAGCAUCCACAGUGCUGCUGAGCUAAGAGUGGGGGGAAGUACCUAUGGAAGAGCCUGGAUUGGCCUUAGUGAACCUGACCCGGUCACUGGUUAUGUUUGGAGUGAUGGAUCUCCAGUAAAUUUCCUGCACUGGAUGAGUGGAGAACCAAACAAUAAAAAUAAUGUGGAAUCUUGUGCUGAAUACAGAUUAUAUAACUGGGAUGAAGACGGCUCUUGGAACGAUGUGCACUGUGAGAGUUUUAAUGACUGGCUGUGUCAGAUCCGUGCAGGAGUGAUUCCAAAGCCACCACCAAAUGACACUGCCCCUGAAUACAACAUGACUGCUGAUGGCUGGAUGGUGUGGAGAGGGAAUCAGUAUUAUAUUAACAGGAGGUCAAUGGCAAUGGAAGAUGCUCGUCACUUCUGUAAGGAGAGGCAUGGUGACCUGGUCGUCAUCAACAGUGAAGCUGAGAAUGUCUUUCUUUGGAAACAGAUAUCCAGAAACUAUGAUUCUUAUUACAUAGGUCUAACAGUGGAUCUUGAUGAAACUUAUAGCUGGAUGGAUGGUUCUCCAGUGCUGUUUCAAAGGUGGGAUGAAGAGCAACCUGAUUUUAAGAAUAAUGAUGAGAACUGUGUUGCCAUGACUUACUAUACCGGCUUCUGGCGUGAUUAUAAUUGCGGGUGGGAGCAUGAGUCCAUUUGUAAACGUAGCAUCUCAGUGCCUGUCAACACCACUGCAGCCCCCACAGUGCCCCCUAAAGGUGGUUGUCCAUUCGGCUGGACAACAUUUGACUCAAAGUGUUACAGCAUCAUUACGAACAUUGACACCUGGGAGGGAUCAAGGAAGCACUGCAAAGCAAUGGGAGGGAAUUUAGUCUCUAUUCUCUCAAGGCGUGUGCAAGUGUAUUUGAUCACCCAGAUGCCACAUACCACUGACCUCUGGAUUGGUUUGAAUAGUUUACGAGGUGAUGAAUUUUUCUGGACUGAUGGGCGUCCAAGGAGGUAUACCAACUGGGGAUACAAUAAAAAUCGCCGUCGUCAGGGAAAUUACUAUCAUGGAUGGAAUGAGGAAGAAUGUGUGGUGAUGUCCACCAAUCCCUCCAAUGGGGUUGGGAAAUGGCUGAUAAAGUCCUGCAAUGACACAAAUGGACACAUCUGUCUUCGAAACGUUGACCCAAAUAUCCCAGCCUCAACAGACACAACAAUUCUUACCACCUAUGUCAAGGUGGCGAAUGACUCCAUCAAGAUUGUGACUCAAAACAUGACCUGGAGUGAUGCCAAGAAGAACUGCAUGGCUGAUGGAGCCAAACUGGCUAGCGUGCGAAAUGAGUGGCUACAGGCCUAUGUCGAGCUCCAGUCCGGUAAUCUCAAGGCUCCUCUGUGGAUUGGACUGAAUAAAGGAGAGACUGGUGGUUAUUUCAAGUACAUUGAUGGUUGGCACUUGAGCCUUGUCAACUGGUACCCAGGUGAACCACGCAGUGAUAGAUCUUGUGUGUAUGUGGAUGUGGAUGGAACAUGGAAAACUGCCUCCUGCAAUCAGACCAUGAACAGUGUUUGUAUGCAGUCUACAGAGGUGCCGCCCACAGAAUCGACACACUUCCCAGGAGUUUGCCCUGAAGAGGUAGAUGUAUGGUACAGAGAGAGCAGUCUUCCUUGGCAGCCAUUCAGGAGUUAUUGCUAUCUAUUUGUAACAGACGAAAGCGGAUGGGCAGAAGCAUCUUCUAGCUGUAUAAGACACGGUGGAAUGCUGGCCAGCAUUGAAGAUCCCCUAGAGCAACAGUUCAUCCAGUCCAACGUGGAGACAUUUAAAGAAAGCCACAGCUCUUUUUGGAUUGGCCUAUAUAAAACUCACAAAGGGUCAUGGUUGUGGUUGGACAAAAAAGUCAUGGACUACACUAACUGGGACAUACUAGAGCCUGAUGACGACACUUAUGGAGAGAUUGUGUCCUCAGAUGGGAAAUGGAGGACAGGUGCCCGUUGGUAUAGCAGGGCAUACAUCUGCAAAACAGCCAAAGUACCACUGCAAGGGCCAUCACCAACGGGGGCACAUCUGAUACUGGAUCCUCGAAGCCGUGCCCAUGCAAGUUUGGCAGUUGUGCUGGUCAUUGCUAUCAUUGCCGUGCUGGCGGGCGUUGCGUUCUACUUCUACAAGAAGUCUGGUCGUCCCUUACCGGCCUUUGACAACCCACUCUACAGGGACAGUGACCAGUCCCCGCCUGACGUGGUGGACACCAAUAAACUGAUUGAGAAUGCAGAAGAAGAGAAUCAUGAGCCUAUUAUAACUCUGUGAUGUAAAAAAAAAGUAGCAGAAUCUAAUGGGACUUACACUAUGGCUGACUGUUGUUGGCAUCCUCCAACAACAGUUAUUGCAGUUAUUUAAUUAACAAUUUGUCAUUAUGCAUGAGGAGUUUCAUUGGAGCUGACAAAUUUGGGCAUCAUGGAUCAACACAGUUUAGGCUCCUGGGUAUCUUCUUGGAAAUGAUCAGGAUUUGGAAUUAUUUUACUUUAAUCUGUGAUUGAAUGUAUAGAACUGUAAUUCACUUUUAUGUGUAUUUUAUACGUACCAGCUAUUGUUCAUAGUUUGUACCAUGGAAAUUUGUAGAAUUUGCAAUGCCUGUCAAUAGAUAUGAACAUUAAAGUAGGAAAUAAACCAAA